AUGUCUAAAGUCACAGUCGCCGGCGUGCGCCAAAAUGUUCAGCAGCUUCUGGACUACUCCAACAACCAGAAGAAGAGAAACUUCCUCGAGACCGUCGAGCUCCAGAUCGGAUUGAAGAACUAUGAUCCCCAGCGUGACAAGCGUUUCUCGGGCACCAUCAAGCUUCCCUCCGUUCCCCGCCCUGGAAUGAGCAUCUGUGUUCUCGGUGACCAGCACGAUAUCGAUCGUGCCAAGCACCACGGCAUCGAUGCCAUGUCCGCUGAUGACUUGAAGAAGCUUAACAAGAACAAGAAGCUCAUCAAGAAACUCGCUCGCAAAUACGAUGCCUUCCUUUCCUCCGAGACCUUGAUCAAACAGAUUCCCCGUAUCUUGGGUCCUGGUCUCUCGAAGGCUGGUAAAUUCCCUACUCCCAUCUCCCACAAUGAGGAUCUCUCCAGCAAGGUCAAUGAUGUGAAAUCCACCAUCAAGUUCCAGUUGAAGAAGGUGCUCUGCAUGGGUGUCGCCGUCGGAAACGUUGGCAUGACCGAGGACGAAUUGAUCUCCAACAUCAUGUUGGCCAUCAACUACUUGGUCUCCUUGUUGAAGAAGGGAUGGCAAAACGUUGGCAGCUUGACAAUCAAGGCCACUAUGUCUCCUCCUAAGCGACUUUACUAG